AGUGGGUUUUUUUAUGGAAUGCUGGAACAGGAUGGAGGAGUUGCAAAGGGGGAGUGACGAGAGCCAGACAGAGAGAGAGGGAGAGAGAGAGAGACAUAUAUAUAUCCCAGGGAGGCUGGUGCUCACAGGCACAGCUGGACUACUGGAUAACUGGACUGUAGCCCAUUGGAUAUUUAACAAAAAAAAAAAGGCACCAGCAAAGCCUUUGGAAAUCCUGUUAGAUUAGCUACUGUGAAACACAUAAUUCAAAGAUGAACAGUGUGGCAGACUGGCUCGUGCAGAACAGGGACAAGAUUGAGAAAGGUGUGGAGAUCAUGGGGCAAGCCUCUGAGGUGCUAGCUGCCACCGUGGGCCAGCUUCACCCCGUUCUGGAGGCCGUGUUCGUGGCCUCGGCCGAGCUGCUCAGCAACCCGGACAGCAAAGAGGCUCGCUACCUAACUCAGCAAUUCGAGCUGGUCAACCAGAAACUUGAAGGAAUCCAAGAUGAGAUUGACAAACUUGCCCUGGAGCUGCAGAGGACGUCGAUGAACAAGCAGAACUUUGAUCGAGAGGCGCAGAUGCUCAGUCAGUACGAGAAAUUUCAGGACUUUGUCAACGCCAAGCCAAAGUUCAAGGAGAAGAAGAUGGAGAAAUUCAUCAGCCAUUAUGAGAACACCGAUAUGGAUGUGAACUUGGAUGCUCUCUACAAUGCUGUCACUGGGGAGAACACCUCAGGAGACCCUAUGCUGGACAUUGUAGUCGCUACAGAGCAGAGAAGCAGAAGGGCGGUGGAGGACUUCUGUGCUCAGCUGAAGAAGCUUUUUGUGGUUGGUAUCAUUGCUGUCAUGGGUUAUGCCGCCCUCAAGGAAGGAGGAGUCGGGGAGGAGAUGGUGACAAAGUGGCAGGGACGAAUGGAGGAAGUGGAAAAACGAAUGAAAGCAGCUGUGGAUGACUGUACAGAGAACUUCGCCCAGCAAGCCAAGCUGGAUAUAGAGCACCUAGUUCAGGAGAACCCUGGCAUUGUUGAUCAGGGCUUCACCAAAUCAAUCCUGGAUGCUCUGGCUAGGAAGUAUGACUGGGUGAACUGGUCCAUCAGGGCCUUCAACGACCGGGAGCGCAUUUUCUUUUUUAACUGGCUAGCUGGAAAGAAGUACCAUGGAAGCGGAGGAGCCAACUGGUUUGACCUUUUGACCAAGACCAAGAUCAAAGUGGUGGUCUCGUUCUGUGUCGACCCCAAGCCGAUCAACAAGAGUCAGAUCCAGGAGCAGAUUGAGCAGCAGAAGCUGAAGGGGAACAUGAUGGCAGUGGCUCUGGCUUUGAACAAGAGCUUCCCCAACUGCCUGGUCCAUGCCGUCAGCCAUUACAAGGCGGUGGUGGAGUCCAACAACUUCCAAGGGGAUUGUUACUACUUUGGAAAACACAAAAGAGCCUACCUGUGCAUCCACCCUGAAUAGGCUCACAAAAAAUCUAACAUGUACCCCCUUACUGAAGAAUUCAUGAAUGCCUUUACCAGAGACUUGAAAAUAUCUCCAUUAAAUAUAGAAAUGUAUUCAUAUAUAUUGUCUCUGUUGAUGUAUAAUCCGCUCUGUCUGAACUCUGCCAUGUGACCCACUGUCUAAAGCAACUAUUUUUAUUCUUAUAUGUACAGUAUGUGUCUGUCCUUCAGCAGCUUUAAGGUGUUAGAGAGUCAGACCUCUUCAUGCCAGCUUUGUCUUAGCAUCAGGACCAUGAAUGUGUUGCCACUGAAUACUAGCCUGCUAAGGUUGGGUGACUGAACAAUAUCUGUUUGUGAGAUUUUUAAAUUCUUUACCAACUUUGGAUAUUUUGAAGUUGACAUUCUUGACUAUCAAAACUGGGUAUGUAUACAUUUAGAUGGGAUUGUCCUGUUAGCAGCUAAAGUUAAAAAAAAUUAAACAAGUCUUCAACAGUUAAAGGAAUUGUUUUACAUUUUGGGAAAAUGUGUGUAUUUGCUCCCUUUCCCUCCCAUUUCUAUAUAAAAACUCCAAAAAACAUUUAGAUCCAUCCAUUUUCUCCUGCUCAUCCCAGGAGCCUAUCCCAGCGGUCACAGGGCGCGAGGCAGGAGAGCCACAUUCACGCCUACUUUACAAUCAUCAGUUAACUUAACAUGUAUGUGGACUGUGGAAGGAAGCUAGAGUACCUGGAGAAAUCCCACUGAGGCCCAGGGAGAACAUGCAAACUCCACCCAGAUUCAAACCCAGACCUUCUUGCUCUAAAGUGACAGUGCUAAGCACUGCACCACCAUGCCGCCCUUAGGUUAGCAUAGAAAGUGCAAACAGAGGGUAACAGCUGGUCAGACUCCACUCAAGCACACAGAAACAUUCUGCCCUCCAGUAUCAUUAACAUCUUUAUAUUUCAAUUAAUAUAAAACUGAACUGCAAACACGACCGUUUAAGAUCCCGUAGCUAGCCUGUUUCUGACAGGCAGCUGUUAGCUUACUUCAGAGACAUCAAUCAUAGACGCUCCUGUGAAAUCACCGUUUGGCUGGUAUAGAUCACUCAAGCUAACAUUUCUGGGUACAUGUGCUCGUCUGCCUACUCGCACUCUCAACUGUCCUAAACAUGCAGCUAACGCUGGCAAACGGAGAGCUUACCAUCACAAGGGUGUUACAAGGGUUUGGUCAGGAAAGUGACUUCAGAGAGUCUAAACCAAUCUCAUUGUACAUCCUGUAUAAUGACAAUAAAGGCAUUCUAUUCUAUAAACACAAAAACCUGCCAUUAAAAAAAAAUUAUUAUUAAGUACAGUGUUUACGAGCUGCAGAUGUGCUGGCUGUUUCCCCUCGUUGAGUCUUUAUGCCAGGUCAUGCUCGGGCUGUUAUUAAUGUUGCCCACUCCUAGAAUAAACACUUUUUUUUUCAUGUCAAAUAUUUUGCUGUUUGGUGGAAUGCAUUCACCCACAAUCAACAUGCUUAUGUGUAUUUUACUUUCAUUUGUAAUAAAAUAAAAAUAUGGA